UGCAAAGUACCUUAUUUGUGUUUGUAUGUUUUUUAUUAAUUUGUUUCGAUAAUAACAUUUUCAGUAUGUUAUUCCAUUUUAAAUCCAUAAAUGUUGUUUUUAGUUUGGUGGUUCUAAUAUUUUGUUGGUUAUUCUAUUAAGUUAGCUACUCAUUUACUUUAUUCUCGGCCCUGUUAUCUUACAGUCCUUCUUAUCCGGCAAAUACGACAAGGAAAUCUUGUUAAAGUGAUCACGGAAACGCUAUCUGAUAAUGCUGACAGUAAAUCUAUUGUAGUUCCUCAAUGUUAGAACAUUUGCGACUGAAGCGAAUUAUAGAGUGAGUGACCCCACAGCAAGGGAAAAUCUUCUAAAAAGGAUAUUUACAUUUGAAUACAAGUUCAAAAGAACACGACUGCUUUUUAAAACGCUUUGAUUCUGUAGUGCUUUAAACCGGACCGCAUUCAAGCUGCUCUUCUUUUUUUAGUGAGUAAACCCACAGCAGGGAGGAAAUCUAAGAAUAAUAUUUUCAUAUAAAAACAAGCCCAGAAGAACACAACUGAUUUUUUAUGUUUUUUUUUUUUAAUUUGUGCUUUAGACCGGACCACACGCAAGUUGUUAUUUCUGAUAAAUCAUAUUUCCUCGACUUAAAUGUAACGUCCGUAAUAAGACGAGUGAGUAAUAACGACGGUUGUAUUCGUGCAUUUCUUAACAUUUCGGCCCCGCUAGGGAUGUCCGAAGCGAGGCGUCCGUUGUAUGAGAGUUGACUAUAGUGGGAAGUUAUCUUUUUUUUUCUGCAACAAAAAAAACAUAACUUGUUCUCAAGGCAGCUUUGAAAUUCUGUCCGAAAAACUAGGUAUCAUAAACUAACAGCUUUUGCUUCGCAAAAGGGUAUCGUCUGAGUGGCAUGUCGCUGUUGGCAGCUCAGGGUUUUCUCCGUGCCAUGAUACUUGUUACAACCAAGCCAAGGACACAGGAAUUGCCUACCAUGUUAGAAAGCGUCCAUGGAACAACAAUUUUGGUGUCAGGCCAAGAAAACGUUAGAAUCGCUGAUUAAGAUACUUGCGAACAUGAAGUAAUAUUGAAAGGCCAUUCUGCAAAUAGGUGGAGUCUUUUGCGAAAGAUACAAAUUACUCCACCACGUAUCGUUGUAACUGAUGCUAAUCGGAAAUGCAAAUACUCGCUUUGAGGCAAACGGCAAAAAAACCCCGAUAUAAUCACGUUUAGAAGUGUACAUUUUAGCAUUAGCUUAAGGCGCAAGCAAUAUCUACCAAGGAAAAUCUCACUUAGCUGAUCUCUAGACAAAAAGCGUUGAGCCGUGUCUGAUCUGUUAGCUUUACGAGACGCAAGUUGAAGUUUUUGCAUUAGAACAACAAUAUCCCUGGUUGACGGCCUGUCUGGAUUACACAAACGCAAUCAUUUCCAUCGCAAAGGGUUUUAUUGAAGGGAAGUUGCCACGACUCGAGUACGACGGAAAGCGGAAUAAAGUAGCACGUAGGACUUCGCAAAAAUGUAAACACAAAAAAAGUGAUCUGUUAGGCAAUGCGUUACACCGAGGGCCAAGGUAUUGAACGUGCAUUUUAAAAGGACCAGGUGAAAAAUUACCUCUAAAGCAAGGCGGGUCAGGAAGGAUUUCUCUUGCAAAGAAUGUGUAGUUAGCGCCAGAAGGAUGGGCUAUUUGCACUUAGGUUCCUUUCACAAAUAGAAAAAUUAGUUGUCAUUGUCUCGAUUAAAUGAAGACUUAGGUAAACUUAAUUGCACUUAUAGCAAGAGUGAAAGCGAUAGCAUCUGCACGAAAAGAAUCGCUCGCACAAAAAACUCUGGAGUCGGAGCAAAAUUAAAGUCGCAAGCAAGAUGAAAACCUAGUGCACCUUUUGAGAUAUUGAAGAAACAAGCGAUAAAAAAAAGGCGAUCAUAAACGGACAGGGAAAGAUGCUUCAUUCGUGGGUCACCGUUUACAUAACUUUAUUUUUCGCGUUGCUAAUUGUGCUAAUAGGUACUACAUGCAAUGCAUUUCUCGUGUUCAUCAUCUUCAAGAGCCCAAGACUCAAAGGCGAAAAUCACAAACUGAUUGCAACUCUUGGGAUAAGCGACUUUCUUCAGUCGUGCAACAUGGUAUUCAUGAUCGUCUCGCUCGUGAACGGGGGAGCGUGGACCCUUGACGAGGUCGUGUGCAAAGUCAACGCAUUUCUAAUCACUGAGUUGCUGCUCGCUUCGAUGCUCACAAUUUGUGUUAUUAGCGUGAAUCGUUAUCUAAAAAUCGUGAAACCGCGCGUGUACUGUAGCGUGUUUAACAGCAAAACGAUUAGCGUGAUCAUACUGUUGAUCUGGGUUCUGCCUUUGUUGUUCUCCGUGCCGCCGUUACUUGGCUGGUCUGACUACGCCUUCAAGCCCAGCAAAUGCAUAUGUCUUGUGGAGAGCGAUGACUUUAACUCUUACGGGAUCGUGCUUGGCUGCGCAACACUUGGCAUCAACGUCCCCUUGAUUAUCUUCUGUUACUUUAAUGUGUUCAGGGCGGUCGGUGUUCACUCGACGCGCAUGGAUUGUCACAGGCACCAACGCUGCAUCAACGUCGAGGAGAUCCGCAUCACACAAACACUCCUCAUCGUGAUUGCAGCAUUCCUUGUAUGCUUCUUACCCAUCACUAUCGUAACACUCGCGCAGUCGUUCAUGUCUCCCGGUCGGAUUCCCGCUUGGAUCGAGUUGAUUACCGUAAUGCUAGCGUUUACUAACCAAGCGAUUGAUCCCGUCAUAUACGGCUUUUGUAACACGCAGUAUCGUCGCGCGAUGUAUAGACUGACGUACAAAGUCUUUCUGAAUAAACUUCCUUCUCUUACCCUAAGCCGCGGCGCUGCAACUAUGAAUUUUGGUACCACACGCACAGUCCAGUGCAGGUAUUCGGUUGGUGCCGCCUUACUUGUGUUAUUUCUUACCACUGAAGACGAGCUAGCGGGACGGCGAGACUUUGUGCGAAGGAAUACUAUCAAUUGAAGCGUGAAGCAUGGAGACUAUAACAGUGUGCGCAGGCCAUUGCAGACUACAAUAUUGUGCGCAGUCCACUGUAGACUAUAACAGUGUGCACAGUCCAUGUGAAGUCUUUGACAGUCUCAGAUAGCAGGGAGCUGGUACACAUCUUCCCAGAACCGUAACAAGGCAAGCUUUAAAUGAUAAAAUGCAGUAGCGGGUAAUGGUUUUUCUUCUCUACUAACGUUCUGUUCCAUCCUCAACGAAGUCUAUAUGGCACAAGACGUUUAGGGGAGGCGCUUAUACGCGAACUACCAUGGACAUAGUAAAGAGAACAACAAGCACUCAUGUAGCAGCCCGCUCGUAACUUCUAACAGGAUUGGCAGGAUUACCCCAUUUUCUAUUGUAUUCCCGUUUUAUUGUUUUGUUUCCCAUUGUUUUGUGGUGGUGCAUCAAUCCAAUGUGGUGAAAUCUUCUGAGAGCUGCAACAUGACCCACAACAAGACUCUACAAGUGUAGAGAAUCUUUGUAAGAUUUAAUAUAAUUGAAUAUAUUACAAUACUUUAUACC